AUGCACAUCAGGGACUUGGAACCAAGUAUAGUGGCCGUCUUCGGUCAACCUCCUGCCGACAUCGAUCUAGCUAAUAGCCAAGUACAUCGAGAUAAUGCAGCCGUCAUUAUUUUGCUGGUCCUCGGCAUAAUUGCAGUGGGUCUCCGGUUCAUCGCGAGACUGGCCGUGCGGAAUCCUUUUCGACUGGACGACUGGUUGAUUCUGGUGUCCUUGGUUUUUGUUGCAGCCACAGCAGGGCUAAGUCUAGCAGGCGGCGCAUUUGGCGCUGGGAAGCAUGUAUGGGCAGCAUCUCUGGCCGAUGUGUCGACUAUUUUCAAAAUUCUGUUCACAUACACCUUUAUGUAUGCUGCCGGAUGUUCAGCAUAUAAACUCUCGAUCCUCUUCUUCUACCGCCGAAUUUUCGUAGCUGUUCAUCAGCCCCUCUCCCUCCGAAUCUCCGUUUUAUUUGGAUUUGUGCUCGCGCUCUCUUACCUUGUUAUUGUCUGGGUGGCCAUGGGGAACUGCUGCAAACCGCUGUCCUAUUUCUGGAAUCAGUUCCAGGGUGCGUCGGGAACGUGCAUUGACACUGACACAUUCUUUCUCGCAACCGGAAUCAUCAACAUGAUCAACGACAUUAUAAUCCUUAUCAUCCCCUUUCCACAAAUUGCAAAGCUCCAAAUGAACCGCCGGAAGAAGAUUGCUGUUUGUCUAAUUCUUGCGUUGGGUAGCUUCGUUUGCGUAGCCAGUGCCGUGCGCAUAUAUGUUCUAUAUCGAUUCACCCAAGCUCAUGAUAUUACUUGGAUGAUGGGACCGCUGUUCAUCUGGUCCAGCAUUGAACCAUCCGUAGCUAUUGUUUGCGCCUGUCUCCCUCAUCUCGGACCACUGGCGCGUCUCACCCGCAUUCGGAUACUGUCCAGUCAAGGAAGCAAAGGCAAUCAAUUCCCCUUCUCCGGGUCUCCACGGAAGCCUUCACUUUGUCAUGGAGGCCGGUCCCACUGGCAGGCUGGCAUACGACUUAGCCAGCCUGGACGCGUAAGGACGCUAACCUCUACCUGCGAGGUAGCUGAAGACGAGGUUGGGCUCGCCAACCUUGGGACGGAUGACACGACGGCACAGCAUACGCCAUCUCUACGCUCAACAUCGGGAUGCCCCAUUCCAGAUCACUCCAUUGUCGUCCGAUCUAGCUUGGAGCAAUCCGUCUCCUAUCGCUAG